AUGCCGAGAGGGGAGAACCGACCGAGCGUCCUGUUAUCUCGCGAAGAAAAUGAACAGGUGUUUAGUCUUAUAGGACCAAAAUGUCAGAGUCUAGCUACUGCAGUAGUGCAGUUAUUCACAACAGAGGGCCCAGGUCAUACAGAAUGGAAGAAAAAAGACACUGGCGUACUGUGCCUUAUAAAGGACAAUGCCAAAAGGUCCUAUUUCUUCCGGAUAUAUUGUCUAUACCGGAAGACUAUGAUAUGGGAACAUGAGGUCUACAUGCAAAUAGAAUAUAGAAGUCCUAGACCAUAUUUACAUACAUUUGAAGCAGAGGAAUACAUGACAGCAUUUAACUUCGCAAAUGAAGAAGAGGCGCGCGUCUUGAGAAACAUUCUCAUAGAGAAAAUCGAAAUGCGGAAAAAAAGACGCGAAGAUAGACGUCAUCGUUCUAUGGAAGCGGCUAGAGCUAACAGUACAGGUUCGAAUCAGUCUCGUAUGAAUGGAGUCGCCCACGCUCCACCACCCGCUCUACCACCCGCUCUACCACCCGCUCCUACGCCCGCUCCGCAACCCGUUCAGCCGCAAAAAACUAAUACGAUAUCAAGUUACACACUAAAAGGCAAGAAACCGAAAGCGAGGAAGCUCACAAAAGCCGAUAUCGGCGCACCACAGGACUUCAAACAUGUUUCUCACGUUGGUUGGGAUGCUGAAAAAGGGUUUGACGUCGGCAACCUUCCGGAAGCGGAUAUGCGUUCGUUCUUCUCGAAAGCGGGAAUAAGUGAUAUACAGCUUAUCGAUCGGGAUACGCGACAAUUUAUUUACGAUUUCAUCAACACUCAUGGAGGAUACGAUGCCGUCAAAGAGGAGUUGCAUGAAGAGCCACCUAAAUUGGGGCGGUGCCUCCCCCCACCGCCUGCCCCUCCCGUGCCAUCGAGAGCGCCGCACGCGCAUCCGCCCGCCCCACCGUCCAGGGCGCCUCCUCCGCCCCCGGCUCGGGCGGUGCCACCUCCCCCGCCACCCCCCACUAUUACAGCGCCACGAAACCCGCCGCCGCCCCGCCCGAAUCAACCUCCAUCUGGUGGCCCUCCAUCGGUGCCGCCUCCUCCGCCACCCAGCGCUGCGCCGCCUGCCCCGCCUCCGCCUCCUCCUGCCCCAGCGCCGCCGCCCGCCCCGCCCAUGCCGGCAGAAGCUAGCAACGACCCUAGGGCGGCCCUCAUGGAGAGCAUACGCAACGGGAAUAAGACUUUACGGAAAGUUGAAGCGGUCGCCAAACAGUCAGCCAAUGAAGAUAGCAGAAGUAAUUUGCUCAGCGAAAUAAGACAGGGAUUUAACUUGAGAGCCGUGAAGCCCCCUAGCACAAACCAAGUGACGGAAGAUCGACCUCCCACGUGCGGCCUAGCGGGCGCGCUCGCUAAAGCUUUACAGGAACGUGCACGAGCCAUUCAUUCAUCGGACUCCGAAGACAGCGAAACUACUAGCGACGGAGAGUGGGACGACUAG